AUGGCCACGACCCAGGUCGCGUCGACAGAGACGUCACCAUGCUUACUUGCGCGUCUGAUGAAACUUUAUCUGCCCCAACGGCUCGCCUGGAACGUCCUCUUUAAGCUCUGCUUGAUCCUCACAAGCCGAGAAGUCGUGGUCGGCACGGUUGACGCAGCUUCGACAUUCGCACCUGAUCUGGAGACCUCGGCGGCUUUCCAGACGGUCUACUUCCAGAGAUUUGACGUGGAUCCGUUCCUGACCGCCGUUCUACACGACCAGAACCUCAGUCUAGCAUCAAAGCCGUUCGUAGAGCUCUACCCGUUCGUGUGUCGGUUCGCAAACCAGUCUCCGCCCGAGAGAAUGCUCGCAAUAAGCACCAGCUUCAGCAAUCGCGGAAGCUUCACAAUGAUGGCAUGCAUCAUGGCAGCUGCAAUGGUCGUCGGUGUUGUCUGUGGCGUACUUUAUGGUCUUGAGACAGGUUUGAAUGUAUUUGUGGCGGUCACGGGAUCAACUGCCGUGUUCCAGGGCUGUUUGUUCUUGAUCAGCAGAACGUAA